CAUUAAGGCACAAAAUAAAUCGAGAAGCAUCAGAUCAUUAUGGUGUGAUGAAUGGCAGACCAAUUGCUCCAACAACUAGAGAAAAAAAUACUGAGAUAUCAGAUAUUAUAGAUCUAUACAAUUACUAA